CCGUUUGUGUGUGUUUCUUCCAUGUUAGCAUGUGUGAACUGUGUACGAUGGUCAAACAAUGGCAUGUAUCUGGCUUCCGGGGGGGACGACAAGCUGAUCAUGAUUUGGAAGAGAGCUGCGUAUAUUGGGCCGAGCACAGUGUUUGGCUCCAGUAGUAAACUUGCAAACGUAGAACAGUGGAGGUGUCUCUCAAUCCUUCGAAGCCAUUCGGGGGAUGUCAUGGAUGUGGCGUGGUCUCCUCAUGAUGCCUGGCUGGCCUCUUGUAGUGUGGAUAACACUGUUGUCAUCUGGAAUGCUGUCAAAUUCCCAGAAAUUCUGGCCACUCUGAAGGGACAUUCUGGCUUAGUUAAGGGGCUCACCUGGGACCCAGUUGGAAAAUACAUUGCGUCGCAAGCAGAUGACCGAAGCUUGAAGGUGUGGCGUACCAUGGACUGGCAGCUAGAAACCAGCAUCACCAAACCGUUUGAUGAGUGUGGAGGAACGACCCAUGUUUUACGUCUCAGCUGGUCACCCGACGGACACUAUCUCGUCUCUGCUCAUGCCAUGAAUAAUUCUGGUCCCACGGCACAGAUCAUUGAGCGAGACGGGUGGAAGACCAACAUGGAUUUUGUUGGCCAUCGCAAAGCAGUGACAGUGGUGAAAUUCAAUCCAAAAAUCUUCAAAAAGAAGCAGAAGAAUGGGAGCUCAACCAAAUCUAGCCACCCUUAUUGCUGCUGUGCUGUUGGUAGCAAAGACCGGUCUCUUUCUGUCUGGCUGACGUGUCUGAAAAGGCCUUUGGUUGUCAUACAUGAGCUGUUUGACAAGUCAAUCAUGGACAUCUCGUGGACCUUAAAUGGGCUUGGCAUCUUGGUGUGCUCCAUGGAUGGAUCAGUAGCGUUUUUGGAUUUUUCCCAAGACGAGCUUGGCGACCCUCUGAGCGAGGAAGAGAAGAGCAACAUCCACCAGACCACUUAUGGCAAGAGCUUGGCUAUAAUGACCGAGGCACACCUGUCUACUGCUAUCAUUGAGAAUCCAGAGAUGCUGAAGUACCAGCAAAGGCAGCAGCAGGUGGAAAAGAAGAACGAAGCAGCGAGAGAUGCAGCUGGCUCAGCAGCAGCAACUAAAGUAGCUAGCAUGGUGAAUGGGGAGAGCCUGGAAGACAUUAGGAAGAAUCUUUUAAAGAAACAAGUUGAGACUCGGACAGCAGAUGGACGGAGAAGAAUCACACCUCUCUGCAUAGCUCAGCUGGAUACUGGGGAUUUUUCUACAGCUUUUUUCAAUAGUAUUCCUAUAUCUGGAUCCUUAGCAGGCUCAAUGAUGUCAGCUUCUCAAACCAAUCAGCUGAUGUCACUAGAUUACAAUGCAACCAAUAUCCUCUGCACGUCUAAGCCUGCCUUAGAGCCGGUGGCAGUGAGUGUUAAACCAACCGAAGACGCAGGCAACAAAGAUGGUGUAAAUGCUACCUCUGCUUCAGCUGCUCCCCCUGCAUCUUCGCCCUCUGUGCUGCCAGCCUCUUCUAAGAUAGAGCCAAUGAAAGCAUUUGAUUCGAGAUUCACAGAGCGAUCCAAAGCCACCUCAGGGACUUCUGCCAUAGCACACACAAAUCAGAUUGCCAUAGACAGAUUGAAGGAGCAGAACUCAAUUAGGGAAAGCAAACCUAAGGAUAUCUUGGAGAGUAGCAGCGACAGUGAGGAAAAGAUCCCAGCCAAGCCUAUGAUUCUGUCCAAGCGUAAACUGGACCUUGAAGUAGAAAAGAAGAAGAAAGGCAGGCCUCGAAAGGACUCAAGACUGAUGCCCGUUACGCUAACAGUUCAGUCUCCAGCAAUCCUGACUUCUGAGAAGGAUGGUGCUUGCCACAGUGCACCGCUAGCACUUAAACUGCCAACCCCAGUCCCUCAGAAAUCGUUUGCAUUGCAAGUCAGCUCAGAUCCCUCCAUGUACAUUGAAGUGGAGAAUGAAAUCACCACAGUGGGAGGUUCAAAACUCAGCAGGUUAAAGUGCAACCGGGAAGGAAAGGAAUGGGAAACGGUCCUCACCAGCCGAAUUCUCUCAGCAGCAGGAAGCUGCAAGGUAGUGAGCGUUGCUUGUGAGAAGCGGACCCUGUCUGUGUUUUCGGCUUGCGGCCGCCGCCUUCUCCCUCCCAUCGUCUUGCAUUCGCCAAUCUCCACUUUGCACUGCACGGGCUUCUACAUCAUGGCUCUCACUACGGCUGCAACCCUCUCCGUCUGGAAUGCUCAAAAACAGGCAGUGGUGGUGAAAGACGAGUCCCUGCAAACAAUUUUAGCAGGAAGCGAAACAACUGUGUCUCAGAUCUUGUUGACACAGCAUGGCAUCCUAAUGAACAUGUCUGAUGGAAAAGCCUAUUGCUUUAACCCUUCCCUGUCUUCUUGGAACCUUGUUUCUGACAAGCAGGAGACUCUAGCGCAAUGUGCGGACUUCAGGAACAGUUUGCCGUCGCAGGAGGCUAUGCUGUGUUCAGGACCGUUAGCUAUAAUACAAGGGAGAACGUCUAACUCCGGGAGGCAAGCGGCAAGAUUGUUCUCCAUGCCUCAUUUGGUGCAGCAGGAAACGACUCUGGCGUAUCUGGAGAGUCAGGUAGCUGCAGCGCUGACUUUACAGUCAAGUCACGAAUACCGCCACUGGCUCCUUAUCUAUGCACGGUAUCUAGUUAAUGAAGGGUUUGAAUAUCGAUUGCGGGAAUUAUGCAAGGAUUUAUUGGGUCCAGUCCACAGCUCAGCUGGAAGUCAGUGGGAAGCAACUGUUGUGGGCUUACGCAAGCGAGAGCUCCUCAAGGAACUGCUUCCCGUCAUCGGUCAGAACCUUCGUUUGCAACGGCUAUUCACCGAAUACCAAGAGCAGCUAGAUAUCUUGAGGGACAAGUAGCUCUUCUGCAGAUCUUUCUCUGGCCCAAGGAAAAAAGAAACCAAUGGCAGAAAAGCAUUCAUAACAGGUGGAAACGGAAGGGGCCAUAGUCAGAACGGAAUACUCCUGGGAGAGAUGCGAAGAAGAACCAGGCCUGAGGUGUUUUAAUGAGCAAAAUACUGAUGAUUUUUUGAAAGGAGGUGACAAGAGGAAUGUGUGGGGGAAAUGGGGACGAACAGAGCAUGCUUUUGCACCACCACCCCUCCCCAUGUGGAAUUUGAGCAUCGCUACCGUGGCCUGUGGCCACCAUGGAAAAGUUCUGGAGAAUGUCCUUCAGGGGUCCUUUUGAUUCUAGAUCUCAUAGGGACAAAUAUCAAAGAGACUACCUGGGGAACCAGUUGGGUUUUGGAUAUCCCGUGAAAAGCACAUUACAAGAAGAUAAACUGAAGAUCUUAUUAACCCUCAUUCUAGGGUUCUUUGCUAAGGAUUUAUUGAGGCUCUGUCCUAUAUUUGGGUUAUAUAAGAAGAAGCCCCAUAAAAGAAAAAGAAAAAUUCAUAAAAUACUUAAGGAAUUAUGCAGCCAACAGACUCUCUUAACUGUGAAUAACAAUAAAAAUUAAAAAAAAUAAUAUUACAGGC